CUUUUCACUUAUACUUUGGUAUGAAAAGAGAGAUUAUUUUGUCUUGCGAGUGAAAAACCGGGAAACACCGAGUCACUGACACAACGCUUCGUCACGGAGGAGGUAUUUCUUCUCCACCAUCACCGUCUGUCUCUCAGGCGAGGAGCGUUAUUUUGGUCUUGUUUUGAUUCUUCAUGCUUGGCUGUAGUUUUGAGGAUGCGAGGUUUUGAAAGAUUGGAAUUGAGUUUGAUCGAGGAAAUUAAGAGGUAGAGAGAGAAAGGAGGGUGAGAGGUGUGUAGAAGAGAAGAUGACCUCGAAUGUUCAAGGUCCUUCGGCGCCGUCUGUACGUCGAGAUCCGUACGAGGUGUUGAACGUAUCAAGAGAUGCAUCGGAUCAGGAGAUAAAGACUGCAUAUAGAAAGCUUGCUCUCAAGUAUCAUCCUGACAAAAAUGGAAGCAAUCCUCAAGCUUCAGAACUCUUCAAAGAAGUUGCUUUUUCUUAUAAUAUCUUAUCUGAUCCAGAGAAAAGAAGACAAUAUGAUAGUGCUGGGUUUGAGGCUUUAGAUAAUGAAGGCAUGGAUAUGGAAAUUGACUUAUCCAAUCUGGGAACUGUGAAUACAAUGUUUGCAGCCCUAUUCAGCAAGCUGGGUGUCCCUAUAAAGACUACAGUUUCUGCUAAUGUUCUUGAAGAUGCAUUGAAUGGAGCCGUCACAAUUAGACCUCUUCCUAUUGGAGCAGCUGUCAGUGGAAAGGUAGACAAACAAUGCGCCCAUUUCUUUGGCGUAACAAUUAAUGAACAACAAGCUCAGGCAGGGAUUGUAGUUAGAGUUACUUCAGCUACACAGAGCAAAUUUAAGCUUCUAUAUUUCGAACAAGAUCCCAGUGGUGGUUAUGGGUUGGUUCUGCAGGAAGAUAGUGAGAAGACUGGUAAGGUGACAUCUGCAGGAAUGUACUUCCUACAUUUUCAAGUAUACCGAAUGGAUUCAACUGUGAAUGUGUUGACAAUGUCUAAGGAUCCAGAAGCUGCUUUCUUCAAAAGAUUGGAUGGCCUCCAACCUUGUGAACUCUCAGAACUGAAAGCUGGAACUCACAUAUUUGCUGUUUAUGGAGACAACUUUUUUAAAACUGCAACCUAUAACAUUGAGGCUCUUUGUGCAAAAUCAUUUGAGGAUACAACUGAGAAACUUAAGGAUAUUGAAGCUCAAAUUUUGAGGAAGAGAAAUGAGCUUCGCCUAUUUGAGAUAGAAUACAGAAAAGCCUUGGCUCAUUUUCAAAAUGUCACUAACAGAUACAAACAAGAAAAGCAAUCUGUUGAUGAGCUGCUUAAACAGAGAGAUGACAUCCAGUCCUUGUUUACCAUAGCUAGUCCAGCCAGUAAUGCCAGUGGGAAUGGUAGUGGUACCACUGCAAAUGUCCAAGUUCCUGGUGAGGAUUUAAAGGCUGACAGUUUGGCAGAAGAUGGAAAUUCAGAUGGAAAAGAUAAACCGGUCAAGAAGAAAUGGUUUAACCUCAGAGGAUCUGAUAAAAAGGCUGGUUAAAGGCAGUCUUUGUUUAAAUAUAGCAGCACAGGUUGUUACGGAGAGAGAGAGAGAGAGACAGAGAGAGAGAUGCAUCCAGCAUUAGUGAAUCAUUUUCCUUCUCUACACCGUUCUUUUUUUUUUUUUUUCUCGGUUUACUUUUUUCUUUUCCUUUUUGUAAUUUGUACCUUUUGUUUUCUGCUACGAACGUGUUACUAGUCCGCAGGACAUUUGAUUUUUUGGGUUAAGAAGGAUUUUUCUUUGAAGGCAUUUGUCAAUCAUAUGUAUUAUGUAUAUCUAUAUUCACUUUAUUGAGUUCUUAUUUUUUUGAUACA